CAACUUUUGGAAGUCAGAAGAAUCUUGUGCAGGCGCUUGCGACCACAAGAAACGCGGCAUGAGGUCAUGUACAGCCUCAGGAUGUCUUUGAUUCGAGCAAGCCGCAAAGCUUCUUUCCGAGUCCUUCUUGUUCUCAAGAGUGCACUAGACUUCACAAAAGGUUUUGUAGGAGCUAGCCGCUCAGGAAAGAUAGCUCACCUAGCUAGCCUGUGGUUGGCGCUCAGCUUGUCAGGGCUGGCCCGAUUGAUGCAGCCAGUCGUAAGGUGUUCUUUUGGGGGGUUUGGUUCAUAUCAAUGAGCGGCGCCACCGUCAGACCGCUGCCACUUCUGGAAGAUUCUCGAUUUUUUCUUUUGAAGUAUCAGGCAAGCAUCGGGUUUCAAGAAGCAAUAAGUGCAAGAGUAACAGUACACCGUCUGCUUACAACAUCAAAAAAGUUAGGGUUAGCUGCCACCCGCUGGCCCCUACUAUUACUAACAAUCCUUUACAGACCACGUUUCGGCACAACAGUUGACAGCGCAAUAUAAAUUGGACAACAAAGUACGUCCAGCUUCUGUUGGGCUCCACUGACACGGCUCCAACUGGGCGGCAUGAAGCCAAUCGAGGUGGGGCCUGCAACCAACGGGCAGGACCCGGACUCUACCACCCCCCUCUCUCCACAGGUGCAGGAACUCGUGAACGUCCUUCCCAGGGUGCUCAUCGUGUCUCGGCGGCACGUCAGAAAAAACAAGUUUGUGGACUUUGUGGGAGAAUACCACCUCGACCUCAUAGUGCGCUAUGGCGCGGUUCCAGUCAUCGUGCCACGCGUCAAGGGAGUGCACAACCUGAUAGACAGCUUUGAGCCUAUCCAUGGCGUGCUUCUGUGUGAGGGCGAGGACAUUGACCCGAGCCUGUACGAGCACGACGAGAGCGAGCUGAGCCCGCAGGAACUAGAGGAGAUCCGCGCCGCGCACUCGAGCGACACCACCAUCGACAAGGACAAGGACAGCGUAGAGUUGCAGUUGGCCAAGCGCUGCCUCGAGCGCAACAUCCCCUACCUGGGAAUUUGUCGGGGCAGCCAGGUGCUCAAUGUGGCCUGCGGAGGAAGCCUCUACCAGGACGUUGAGAAGGAGCUGCGCAAGAAGUCUGGCGUGGCUGUCCAGCACAUGAACUACGAGAACUACGACGGCCACCGGCACCCCAUCAAGGUGGUGCCCGGCACGCCGCUGCACCAGUGGUUCCGGGGGAGGGAGGACCUCAACGUCAACAGCUACCACCACCAGGGCACCAAACGCCUGGCGCAGCGUUUCAAGCCCAUGGCUCACGCCCCCGACGGCCUGAUCGAAGCCUUCUACGACCCCGCGGUUUACAACCCGGAGCAGGGCCAGUUCAUCGUGGGGCUGCAGUUCCACCCGGAGCGAAUGCGCCGCGAGUGUCACACGGGGGAGGAGGCCACCACAGAAGCGCUGGAGGGCAGCCGCCACGACCUCGAGUUUGAUUACCCCGAGUGCCCGCGGGCCUACCAGGAGUUCGCGAAGGCCGUGAUCGCGUUCCAACGGCGCGCCCUGACGGGCCGCGCGAGCACCAGCGGCAAGGUCUCGCUCCUGGAGCCCGAACUCGAGAAGCAGCGGAUGAGUCUGGUCCACGCGUUUGCGCUCGCAAAGGAUAUCUACGAGGAGGUGCACUACGGCAAGCCGGGGAGCAGCGUGCACGGCGCGAGUGCGGGGGUGCGCGAGCUGCAGCGCGCGCUGGCCAAGACCAAGAGCCAGGAGCAGCUGGCCAUCGGGGCGGAAUUCCUGCAGCAGAAUCUUGCGCUCAACAACCACCAGGUCCAGCGGCUGAAGCAAAUGGGCGCCACUGUACGGAACAACACACUAUACAAGGAGACGCUAGAGAAGCGAAGCCGGGAGGAGUCGCACCUGCGGAAGACGUUUGAGGCUAUGAGCAACGAGGCCCUGCAGGAGACGGUGGAGAACCACCGGAAGAUGCUCGUGCUGGCUGAGGAAGUGCUGGAGCAGCGGCGACGGGGCCUCACGGCCUUGACAGUGAAGGAAUAGCUUAUGUGUAGAUUCCUCAAGAAAAAUUUACAAGUCUUCACAAAUAUCCACGAGUUGCAAUGUCGGACACGUUAUAAAGAUUUAGCAUUGCUACGCGAGAUCGAGGCAAGAACUUGCCUCCGGAAAUUCUUAGACACUGUGAGAUAUGUAGGUUACGUAUAAGCAUGGUUACCAAUUAGUAGGAUGAACAGGAAACAUAACAAGGCCAGUGCAGCUGUGCGGAGCAUACGCUGUGUGUGUAGCAUGCAUUCGCAGAUAGUUUGUGUCCUGGGUUCAAGAUUUCUGGGGAAGAAACCCAAGGAGCUCGUGGGAAUGCUGAUAUGAUUAACAGUAGAUCUGCCCUUUGAGUUUCAUCGAAUCCGGUCGUGCGAC